CUCUUGCUCGGCACUCGACUACCGGCCUGGAAUUGGGAGAGGCAAUCACUGUUGCUCCCUCACCAUCAUCAGCCAUGUCCUCGACAGCCAACAAUCCUUACUUUCAACUGUGGGCUUCACGACCGCAGACCAAGCCACCCACCUCUUCCAGCUCGAAAGGUGGCAAGGCGGGCUCUUCUUCCACGGCAGGCUCGCAACGCUAUCGUGUCGACCUUGAUGCUCCGGGAGGUGUGACUUAUGCGCCAUCAGACGAGACGGGCGUACAUGGCAUGAAGCGUAGGCUUUUCCUGCCUAGGAGAGGUGCGAGGGAUGAUGAGUACGAUUAUGGGUGGGAGAUCGCGCAGAGGGCGAAAAAGGAAGAGGCUGCCCUUGCCAAGAGAAGAGGCGAGGCUGCGCGGCAGACCACAAGCAGUGGAGAUGCGCCGUUUGCCAUUGGGGAUGAUGAUGACGACACAAAAGAGGCAGCAGACUCGCUGAGCGCGCUUCAAACCUCCGCUGUAGAAGCAGAAAGGAGCGAUGCCCAACGGUACAAGGACACGAUCGAUAUGACCCCUCGCCUCCCACAAGAGGGUGAUUCAGCUACCUCUGCCGAUCCUUCCUACUCUUCCUCCUCGACUCAUCCAUCAGAGGCGGCGCCCUCGAUCCUUAGCCCCUCCCAUGCAGCCUCCACCCGCUCGACGCGAACAACUGCGACCACCCUCGCCCUCCAGCGGGGCGAGCUCCCCAAACACCCUCGGAUCGACGGCUCAAUAAACGUUGCCUCCUUCCGGCCCCCGCCCUCCAUCACAGGAGACACGUAUCGCUCAGUUGACCCAUGGAAUGCGCCCUCCUACAGUGGGAGGACAGAAUUCGACCGUAUGACGGAGCAGGAGAGGGACAAGGGGAUAACGAAGGCAGAAGAAUUCGCCGGGGAGGGCAUGGUGCCCACGAGGGGGGAAGUAGAGGAGAACGCUGCCAGAGAGGGCAGCGACGGGGCGACCAUCAAGACUACAAAGACGCGCGGUACCACUGCCCCCACCACAACCUCGGCUGGCCCUCUCCUGAUUCGGGACAUCUUCAUCCCCGACCCUCGACCAUAUCGCCCUCUCCGGCUUGUCCGUCGAAGCGACCCUCGUCAAGCUCUGGUGGUCUGCUCAGGCCUCACGAUGUCCUCUCGCCAAGCUGCCACGUAUCAAGCAGCCGUACGCGCGGCCAAGGAGGCAAGAGGGGAAUAUAUCGACCUCUAUCAGGCGGAGAGGGCCAAGAAAUAUCUGGACAGCUUUGGAGGCGAUGAGAGCGGUGAGGUGAGAGGAGGGCUGGGCGUGUACUUCUGCCCACCAGACCCGAUGAUGAAGCCUGCACAUGGCCAUGCACCGCUCGAGGACGAAGGCGAAGGCGACAAAGCCGGCUCUCGUGCUGAAGGGAACUUCUCCCCCGUCAUUGCCGCGCUAGAGUACGUCCCUUGGCACGAGGAAGGGUUCGACAAGAUCGUCGUCGCCAUUCCUUGCGCGCAUGAGUGGCUCGUGAGGGGAAUUGCUAAUGAUUUGCACGAGUGGCGACGUAAUGCUUGGAGGUUGACAAGGGCGAUGAGGAUGAGUCCGAGCCCCAGCUCUGGCGAGAGAGAUGGCGGGCUGUUCGGACAGGUCGGCGAGACCGUCCCUGAUCGCGAUCUGUGGGAGUGCUUGGAUGCUGUGGUGACCAAGUGGGAGGAAGUUGAUGUAAGUGUGCGCUUUUGGUGUUUGGCACCGCAGGAGGAAGAGCAAGGAGACGGCUUUGUAGGGAGGGCGCAUGAGUUGGCAAAGGAGGGAGCUGCAAAGGACAAUCAGCAGCCGCAGAUGGUGAGGUGGGUCAAGAAGAAGGGGCAGCAGAACAAGUGAGCCACGUCGAGCCGUCGCUGCAACAGGGUGGGACGGGGUUUGUGAGAAGCUAUUUAAUUCUUGUCGACAGAACAACACCGAGGAAUCUACGGCACAUAGAGGAGCGAAAAGAGUGUGGGAGCGAGGCAGCGUGAAGACAAAGAGAGGAGCGAGAAGUGAACGGUCCGGAGGGGGAAAGGGAGGGGUG